AUGCCCUGUCGUGCGGCCUGCGUGGCUCGCCUGUGCAGGCAUCGGCGCCGCCGCCGCAAGGAGCCAGACUACAUCCGGCAGCAGCGGCAACGGCUCGAGGCGGUCAAGCGGCGGGAGGCGGAUAUCGUCGCGGGCAACGCCGCCGCGCCAGGGGUCGACGCCAGAGAGCCCGCCAGAACUUUGUCAAUCCUGGCGGCGCUGGGAGCUGCAGGAGCUGCCAGCUGGUACGUCUGGACGGAGCUGCGGCAAGCCGACAGGGCAGCCAACAGGGCCUUCGUGGAGCAGAAGGCACUAGAGGAGGGCGUUGUGAAGCUAUCCUCCGGCCUGCUCUACAAAGUGCUGCAGAAAGGAAGCGGUGGACAUCAUCCUUCGGAAGAUUCGCCGUGCGCGUGCCAUUACAGGGGCACCCUUAUCGAUGGCACCGAGUUCGACUCCUCGUACAGCCGGGGUGCGCCGAGUACCUUCGCGCCCAACCAGGUGAUACCUGGAUGGACCCAGGCGCUGCAAUUGAUGGUGGAAGGCGACAAGUGGGAGCUGACCGUGCCGUCCGAGCUCGGCUACGGCAGAAGCGGCAAAGGCGACGACAUCCCUGGCGGCGCCACGCUUGUCUUCGAAAUGGAGCUGGUAAGGUUGCUCGCCCGCGACACGCUGGAGACGAGGACCACGGCGACCCUGCAGAAGCGCGCGGGGUCCUUCCUGUUGUUCGCAGUUCCGUCUCUUCCGGUAAUUUGCGUGUUGUGGCUGGAGGCCGGGGUGACUGAAGCGGCGGCAUGCACUCUGACGGGCCCUGCCCUUAGUAGGGCAGUGGUCGCGGGCUUCUUGUUGUGGCUCGCGCGCUCCCGUGCGCGCUGCAAGGAUUCGUCGAAGGCCAGCCACGAGCCAACGCUGGAGGAGGGCUCGGACGGGCACGGUUUCAUCGAGGCUGGGGCCUCUUUCGGCCUGCGCAAGACGGGCACCCAGGCGAAGAAAUCUGGCAUGGCUUUGCCGCUCGUUGCGUCACCCCGUGGGAUCAGCAGGGCGCGCUGGGCAGAGGCAUGGCUCAGCUUACGGAGGCGGGCGGACCUGGCAGCAGAGAAAGACGGCUGCCUCCAGCCUGAAGUUCACGCAUGGACAACCACAGACGCCACGUCUUCUCGGCUGCGAGCCCUCACCAGCGAACCAGAGCUGGAGGCGGUAUUGCCCAAGAGUUUCAGUUCUAGGUCAGCCAGGGCCGCUGUCCUGUCCUGGGCGGCGAAAGCUGGCCUGUCGGUCGUGUCCCGCAGGUUGCUCGGAGGGCACGCCGACAUGAUCGCAAAGAGCGCGCUGGAGUUCUCGCGGGGGGAUCUGGCGGGGGCGUUGCACCAGCUCCGCAGGGUCUUCGACUUGAUUGGAAGGAGUUCGGCCUGGACGCUACCAGGUCAGGCAUCCGUGCGCGUCGACGGGGGGGGGGGCGGCGAGUCCGGUGGCGACGCGAACUUCCGUGUAGCCUCCGAGCACGAGAAUACGGAUUCCGACGUGGAGGGCGGCGCAUCCACCGUGGAGGUCGCGGCUGCGGCCAGCGCCGGAGUUGAGUUACUUCUUUUCUCCAGAGAGUGGGGACUGGAGGUGAGGUGCGUCCAGGUCACAUUGCACGUGGCCAUGGGCGGAUGCGAUGACGCAGCAGCCUGCGGUUUCACCUUCGCCAUGGGCAUGGCCGAGCGCUGGCGUGAAGGAUGGCCGCCCGCGGCACAGUGGUUGUUCCUUUGCGGGAGGGGCGGCUGCUUUAGGUCGCACGGGCAGGAAGUCUUCGUCGCGCGUGUGGUGGAGGGCUGCUUGGAGGACUGUAUCCCGACCAUGACAGCGACGAACAUCAAGACGUACACCGGCGUUGGGUUCGGGACCGUCUACAACCCACAGGACGAGAACUGGAAAAGGGACCUGGCCACGGGCUUCAUGAAGCAGGUCUCCGAGGCGUCGUCGGCAAAGUCUGCUGACAUCUCUACGGGCCUCCUGCUGGACUACGCUCUCAAGCGCCGCGGCUUGAUCAUGGCAAUGGGUGGCCUCGUGGAGUUUGAGGAGCACGAGAAGCGUCGGGAAACCCUCAUGUCACCAGACCUUCGGGUCCCGCCGACCGUCUACGCCAAGACGUCCCUCACCCAGGUCAGGCGGGCGGACGAAGCGGCUUUCGCGCUCUUCAGCCGGUUGGCCAGGGAAGGCAUCCGGAGGAAGAUUGGCGUUCGCCCACUGGACAGCAUCAUCUCGGAUGUGCGGAAGCACGAGGGUUCCGCACGGGACGCGCCAGGCGGCCCGCGCCGGGGCCAAGCGGGGCAAGAGAGUGGCCCGGCCUUGCAGCUGCAAUUCCGGCACCCCGGGAACUCGGCCUCCGACGACGUGGGCAUUCCGGUCCGCUUCGGGCACAAAUUGAACAUGUGCGACGAGGCUCCGCCAGGGCCGACGUCGAGUUGCAAGAGAAGCUGCAAGCGAGCUCGCAGUGAUUUCACGUUCGCCCUGAGCGUCGUCGAGCGUUGCGAGAACCUGGGCGCCCAGUUGGUCGUAGAAAACCCAUCGAAAAGCCUGCCGCUGCACAUGCAGGGGUUCGUCGGCCUGCCAGGCCGUGCCGGGGUGGCCGACGCCGAGUUCCACGCCUGCAUGGUCGUCGCCGGCUUCGUGGAGGCGCGCCGGCUGGCGACAGGCGACGUCGUGGCCGUCCCGCGAGAAGGUGCCCCGAGCUCAUGGUCCAUGCCGUUGGCGGCAUCAGCUCUGGCCGCAGCCAAGAAGCCGAAGCGGCAGGCCGAGGCGACCUUGGCCAAGGGCGCCGCGGUCGCGACGGUCCAGCUGGAUACGGUUGCGCUCGUCCUUCCGGCUCUGGAGAAGGGGGGCAGGGGCGACGAGAGAUGGCGGCUGCAGCUGGCUUCUCCAACCCUCGAGGGUAAGAGCGUUUUCGGCGAGGUGCCGGCGUCGGGGGCCUUCGAGAAGCGCGGGCGCCCAGCGGGGGGGCCCCUCGGAGGGAUCCUGGGGGCGCCGAUGCGGGCCAGACAACGCCUCCAGGACACUGCGAGACCAGGCGCCCCCGACGUGGCCGAGGUGGCGGUCGAGCGCGCGGAGGGGGGAAGUUGCGCGGGCAAGGCCCUCGGCCCGUUCUGCGAGGGCACUGCCGCCUCUAUCGCAGGAAACGACCAGGUCGAGCUGAUCACGGGGAAAGCGCAACGCGGUCGUCACCACAGAGGCUUCGCCUCGAAAGCGUCCCGCAACUUGCGGGGGAGGGCGCUCGACCUGACGCCGGUAUUCAAGCAGCUGGCGCCUCUGCCGCCCCCGUCGCCGCUCCUGGCGGCGGCGCCCUGCAGUUGCCUAGCUCGCAAUGGCGUCGCCCGCUGCGUCUUGCGCGCAAUUCCUGUCGAGGCGAGGGGCGCGUUCUACGUCUUCGGGGCAGUCGCGAGGGCGAUCGAGAUGAUCUUGUCGGAGCUUUUUCUGUUGGUUCUCGCGCAGUGCGCAGGCGACUUCCCGCAGCUGAAGCCGGAGGCAAACGCUGACAGCGCCGCAAUUGCCGCGGGGGUGAUGCAGCCGUGGGGCUGGGGGUCGAGACGGGGCGCCGCAGGUUGCCUUCCGCGCUCAUCGUUCUCCGCUCUCGGCGCGGCGUUCGAUCUCAGCAGCGCUGCGGGCGCCGAUUUGAUGACUUCGAACGAGCUGGAGAGGGCCAUGAGAGCCUCGGAGCAGGCUUGCGUGCUGGCGGGUGGAGUAUGGGUGAACCAGCCUGUCCUGACGCAGCUUCUCGCGCGCGGGCCCCCCCCGAAAGGGUCGAUGGCGCGCCGCUGGUCCAACGCGAGGCGGCGCUCGCGUUGCCGCAGCCCUCCCGCGCUGCUCUGGGUCGACGGAUCAGAGAAGCAGGCCGUGGCCGAGGGCGGCGCGGUGCUGGGCGACAGGGGCGCUGUCUCGGAGUGCAUCCAGCUCCUUCAGCCCGCAGGUGGCGGGCCGCCCGCGGCCGUCGCGCUGGCGCCGAGGAGAGCGGCCGCGCGCGGACGGCGGGCGAUUGCCUUCGUGGACGACGACGCAGCGAGAGCAGCCGAGGUCAACGGCCAUGCGGGCGCGCCUGCCCCGACGAGGCUCGCGGGGACAGCGCGGGCCCUGGCGCCGGAGCAGCGCGCGCAUCUCUUGUUCGACCAGGCGCCUUUGCCAUCGAAUGUGACAGACGGCCCUUCCAGGGGCAAGGUAGAGAACGCUGAGCGCUUGGGAUUCGUCCGGGCACGGGCCGUUUUCUGGUCGUUCGAGUUCUGCGCUUGGCGGAAGUACGAGCGGACGCUGGAGCUAGCUUGUGGGGGCCUCGUGGCGAAGCCCUUCUCGCAGGCGAGGCAUUUCCAGUCCCUGCGGUCGCCGGUGCAGCUCCGCUCCACAUGGCCGGCGAUCGUGACAGUUUUGGCCGCGGUGGGUCGCAUCAUCAUCCGGCUGGGCGCUGGCGUUGUGGGGCCCCCGCUGGUGACGCUGCUGCUGCCUCGAGCGAUGGAGGAGGACGUGGCUCGGACCGCAGUGGAAGCUGCGCUUCGGGACUGGCUGGCAUGGGCCAACUACGCCGUGGGCGAGGACUUCCACGUCGAGGGUGAGCCGCUCGCGCAGCGCUUCCCAGAGGUCCUCAGCGCGCGGGGCGAUAUCGCCUAA